GAGAAGAGAUAAGAUCCUGUUCAUGAUUUUGAAGAAAUGAAAAGCUCCUUUCGUGAUUUAUCUCUCCCUGUAGCUGUACUCUCCUAGAUGCAUAGAAAGUGUUUGUGAAAAUGCCUCAGAGAUUGUUGAUUUAAAAUUCUAUUCCUUUUCAUUCCAUAAUAGAUCUCGUCCCUCUUUUGGGUUGCAUCUUCCUCCAAAUCCUAAGAAACUGGCGAUCCCCAAGCGUGUAUAUUGCUUUUAGAUCUGUAGAAUCUGUUAGAUUGAUUUUUUUUUUUGUUCACAUGAUCUUGGUCAUAAACUCAAUGUAGAUCCUACCAUUUGAAGCACUUCAUUGUAUGAUAUAAGCUUUUGAGAUUUCACACUGAAACUCUUAAUUUCAAAUUUUAGUCAGAAGCUGAGUUGUGCGACUUGAGAUGGCGACGGAGCAGAGCGGAUUGGAAAACCAGGAAAGCCAACCACCAAACCAAGUGGCUCCUGGUUUUGUAGGAGCUAUUGAAGAACAAUACAAGAAACUCAGAGACCACGCCGAAGCUUAUCCAUAUGUUUGGGGUUCUUAUACUGUCGUCUACGGUGGUCUUUUCCUUUGGACUGCUUACAGAUGGAGGAAGCUGAGGAGAACCGAGGAUCGAGUUCGUGGCCUUCAGACCAAACUUAGAAAACUCGUCCAAGACGAACAAGCAGCUGUAACAGCUUCUAAAUCUGAGAAAUCACUGGAAAAGUCUUCUUCAGUUUCUGACAAGUCACCAGUGCCUUGAUUAGUUAUAAUCAAAACCAUUUUCUCUGUUAUAGACUUAUGACGAGGUUGGUUUCAGUAUUCAAGAGGUUAAAUCUGUUUUUGUUACAAUGCUUUUGUUAUUUACUCGCAUAGGCUUUUUAUAUAAAGACAAAUUCAUGUACAUGAAUGAAGAAAAGAAUACGCUGAAAUGAUGAAACGCGAAAAAAGCGUUGUUGAACGCUGCUGUUUUAGCAGAGGGAGGCUCAAUAAGUUGUAGCGUUUUGCCUCAAA